AUGCAAGACGAUGUCGGUGUUCGGACCAUCACCAAGCUAGCACGCCAUGUUCGCCCAGAAGACCGCGUCGCAUACUUCAACAUCCGGUACAACUAUGAGGGUGGCUACUCCCAUCCCCUCCACGUCGCAGGGAUGAGAAACAAUAUCGAGCAAGCAAAGAAGCUCCUAGAGCUUGGCGCGGAUGCUAAGGCCAUGUGCCACAAUCUCACACCCUUGCUGUCAGGGGGGCAACUCCAAACUCUCGGGGCCAUCGGUCUCUACAAGGUUCUUGAGGAUUGCGAGUGGAAGGCAACCCUCAUUCCCAUAGUGUCCCAGAACUGGGAUGUCUCUUUCCUUAUUCUUCGAGAAGAUUGUUCGCCAAUUUUGGCGCAAAGUCUUGAGGAGAGUGAUAGGGCAAUCACAAUAUUCCACCUUGCUGCGCUACAAAACGAUCUCACCAUCAUGGCUAGAAUGGGGAACAUACGGCCAGGCGGCCUCGAUAUUCGAAUGCCCAAGUCAGGAAAGACAGCUCUCCAUCUCGCAAUUCAACAUGAAAGAGCAACCAUUUUCGAUAUUCUCCUUCCUCGCAGCACGUUGAACGGUAUAUACAACGAAGACGGCGCAAAUGUUCUCCACUUUGCCAUUGAGGAAGUCUACAUGACAACUCAUGCUCCCACACGUCGAUGGCUUGCCCAGAUUGUGAAGCGUCUGCUUGACCAAGGAGCGGACCCGAACGAGCCCAAGUCCGACCUUCUGAGACGAACUCCUCUCCUGCUGGCCACAGAGGCCGUACGCUACGAUUGGUACAGGGUCUGGCGAGAGGUCAAGUCCAUCAUCGACCUCCUCAUCCAGAAAGGUGCCAAUGUGAACAACCCCGAUAGCACUGGAGCAACGCCACUGGUCACGGUGCUUAACAGGGUCAUCAGUGAGAGUGACCAUGGCUCAAUGCAGACCAUGUUUUUGGACUUGAUCCAAAACCAUGGCGCCAACAUCAACUUCCGGCCCCCAGGCUCGAAGUCGAUAACGUUUCGACUCAUCGACGCCCCCGCCAUGGCCACCCUCUGCAAGAAGGUGGUCGCGUUGGGUGGCACCAUCGCUCAAGACGAGGUCCCCGAGAAAUGCGAGUACGAUAUCAUUGGUCUUCACGGGUCGGAAAUUUCCGACCAAGACAUCAACCGGGCAUACGAGCAUGCCAUGUGCGUCGGCAAAAAGCCCUUGUUUCUGCGAGUUCGGGGGUCCGGUCGUCCAUACACCGGGGGGGACGCCAAACUAAUCUGGAGGACGCUGAAGCAGUCGGGAGCAAGUCUCCCAAAGUUCACCAGCCAGCUACUCCAGAUAGACUGGAGGUGUGUCGAGGCCCAAACGGGCAUGUCCUUCCUGCACCUGGUGGUCGACAAGCUGGCCAGGAAGGCCGAGUACACGGAGAAGAUGGCGGUGGCGGACGUGAAGGAGCUGACAGGGAAUCAGCGACGGUGGCGCUGCUUGGUCAUGUACCGUGACCCGGAGGGCAAGACUGCCCUCGACAGGGUCACGGACAUGGACCAGCAGUUCCCGUUGCUGGUGGGCGAGCUGACCAAGAGGUACACGGCUCAGGCAAAGAAGCCUGAGCUGUGCCAGGCAGCUCGGGACUUGGAGCAGGGGGUGCGCCAAGUCCAGCAGAACCAGUAG